CCCUUACCUCGAGGCAAGCCUAAGUAAACCUAGAUCAUUUCUGACAAGUGUUUGUCCAACCUGUUCUUAAAAACCUCCAGUGAUGGAGGUUCCACAGUCUCACGUGAAAAGCCCAUGCCAGAGCUUAACUACCCCCAUAGUUAGAUUUUCCUAAUCUAACCUAAAUCUGCCAUGGUGCAGAUUUAGGCCAUUACUUCUUGUCCAACCGCCAGUAGAGACAAAGAACAAUUGCUCAUUGUUCUCUUUGUAACGACACUUAACAUACUUGAAGAUUUAUUUAAUCCAUAAAGAUCCUGAAGAAGCUUUAAGAGCGAAAAGGGCAACAACUGACAGGAUAGGAGGUGGACAGGCGCAUUUUCGAUUACACAGAGGCUAAGUCAGUAAGUCUACCGUGCUACAAUCGGUCAGGUGUCAGUGUCUGAGUAGUUAGCUUGGGAAAGGCUCCCCUCUGUCUCCCCUGCAAAAAGAGACGUGCUUUGUAUUUCAGGAUAGCUACCUCGACGUCAAAUCCUCACAAAGGCCAGGCACAGGCAGUUUUCACCUGGAGGAAACGACGCAAGGUACAUCCCAUGUCGGGGGAGCAGGGUCCCAUGUCAGCCAGCGGCUACGUCAAGGUAAAAAAAAAAAAAAUCUGCCUGUGUCUUCCCUCCACUCGGAUUUCACCCUGAGGCAGACAAGCCACUGCCCCGCCCGGAACACGCCGCUGCAGGGAAAAGAAAGACCCAGAGGAUUCGGGGGCCGAGGCUGGUGCCCUGAGCACCGGGGCCCGUGGGAGGAGAGUCCCCCGCACCUCACCUGUGGUUUCUCUUACGAGAACCAAGGAAGUGGAGUUUAAUUUCUGCUGCUCUUAUUUAGGGUUACCAUAUGUCCUGUUUUCCCCAGACAAAGUCUGUUUUUUGAGCCUGCUUUCCCUGUCCCAGCGGGGUUUUCAGAUAACAGCAAAUGUUCCGGUUUUUGCAGAGUAGAGAAGCUGCAGUUCAGAAAGAGCCCCCGUUGAUCAGCUUCCCAAUUGGUCCCAGCCCUGUAUCCACUGCUGAUUGGGCCAUUCCCCUGCAUCUGCAGUUGAGUGAUCCUUUCCCCUGCAAGUCACAGCUGCUGAAUCCUGCCUACCCAUGCCCCCUUGCCCCCACUCAGCCCUGGGAGGUGCUGACUGACUACUGUUGCUGUGUCCUGGGCUUGUGCCAGCUGCCCUGCCACUGUGACAGGGAGUGACACUGCCCCCCCCCCCACACCUCCCGUGAGUACCGCUGCUGCAGGUACGCCCCCUUCAGCUUCCCUUCCUUCCCAUUGCCCCUGCCCCCUGCACUGUCUGCUUUUUGGGAACUUGAAAUAUGGUAACCCUACUCUUAUUCCCAUUCCUGGCGAAGUUUCCUGAAAGUGGUGUGGAUCAUGUUAACUUGCUUUGUACUCUGCUGAAAUGAUGUAACGGCAAUGAUAGCCAAGCCCAACACAGUCAGUAACCUCCCCAGCCAAAAAUGCUUCAUCAGACAUCAGUGGUCAAUUAAGAAGAUGCCAUUUAUAGUGCCAUAUUAGACUCUUCAGCACGCCUUGCUCCAUAGGCUGCACAAGAGAUGUUCCGUUUGGAAGGAGAAAAAAACAGAAGAUCGGGUCAUCUUGGGAGAGAAAAUGCUAUCCAUGAUGAGACUGUGCCUGGGUCCACUGUACAGAGUGGCAGCUGUCUGAGGAAUGGCAACGUGCAAACCCCAAGAGGAAAAAGGAAGGUCCAAGAACAGUGUGCACACAUACGAAGAAAUUCUUCCAGGAGCAGAAGGCCAAGCCAGCCGCAGAAUGGAGAAGUGGUUAAAGCAGUUACGUUGUUUGAAGUGGUCAGCAUGGGCAAGAGGGCAAUGCAGUCUGUGGUAGAUGACUGGGUUGAAGCUUAUAUCCAAGAUCGAGAUGUGGCACUUCUAGAUCUGAUCAACUUCUACAUUCAGUGCUCAGGCUGUCAAGGAAUGGUGACAGCUGAGAUGUUCCAAAGUUUGUGCAACAGUGAUGUAAUACAAAAAAUGACGGAGACAUUUGAUGAGGAAACAGGAUUGCAAUACAAGAAAUUUAUGGCCUAUCCCUGGAUUCUGACUGUUACUUGGCCAGUGGACAUGGACAAUGGAGACUAUCCACUCAUCAAACCGGGACCCUACUGGAAGAAGUUCAAGGCCAAUUUCUGUGAGUUCACUGCGGUGCUAAUCCAGCAGUGUCAGUACAGCAUCCUCUAUGAUAGUUACCUGAUGGACACAGUCAUCUCACUGCUUACAGGGCUAGCAGACUCCAGGGUCAGAGCAUUCAGGCACACCAGCACUUUAGCAGCGUUGAAGCUUCUGACAGCACUUGUAAGAGUAAAUCUAAAUCUUGAUGUCAGCAAAUGUAACGCUCAAAGGCUGUAUCAAGUGGAGAAGAACAGGAUUUCUGUCAAGAGGACCAAUCACAGACUGGACCAAUUAGAGAGAAAAAGGAAAGAGUAUGAACAGAAACCGCUGGAAAUAGAGAAUAUGAUGAAUGCUAUUUUCAAAGGGACAUUCUUACAGAGAUAUCGUGAUGUGAUUCCUGAGAUCCGGGCUAUCUGCAUUGAAGAAAUUGGCAGCUGGAUGAAAAUGUAUCCUGAUACGUUCUUAAAUGAUAGUUACUUGAAAUAUAUUGGAUGGAUGCUGUAUGAUAAGCAACCUGAAGUGCGGUUGAAGUGUCUGCUGGGACUGCAAGGAAUUUAUAACAGAAAAGAGCUGGUAUCCAAAAUGGAUCUCUUUACUAGCAGAUUCAAGGAUCGAAUUGUGUCCAUGACUCUGGACAAGGACCAUGAAGUAGCAGUUCAAGCCAUGAAACUCUUGAUGCUUAUGUCACAAAACUGUGAGGAUGCGUUAUCAUCUGAAGACUGUGAAACCUUAUUCCAGUUUGUUUAUACCACGCACAGACCUCUAGCAGUAGCAGCCGGGGAAUUCCUUUAUAAAAGGCUGCUUAGUUAUCAGGGAACUGAAGAGGAAGUCCCACCUAAAAGAAGAGGGAAGUUUCGGGCUAAUACCUGCUACAUGAGAAAAUUAAUAACUUUUUUCUUGGAGAGUGAGCUACAUAAACACGUCACGUACCUUGUAGACAGCCUGUGGGAUUGGACAGGCAGUUUGCUGAAGGACUGGGAGUGUAUGACCACUCUCUUAUUGGAAGCUGCUGAAGAAGAAGCACUGAGUGAUGCCCAGGAAAGUGCCCUCAUUGAAAUAAUCUUAGCGACCGUUCGAGAAGCUGCUGAAGGUCACCCUCCUGUGGGCAGAGGAGCAGCCAAGAAGAUCCUGUCAGCGAAAGAGAAGAAAAUACAAUUGGAAGAUUGUACCAAAAUUACUGAGCACUUUAUUGUGGUGCUUCCUCAGCUCUUGGCAAAGUAUUCAGCAGAUGCUGAAAAAGUGGCGAACCUCCUGCAAAUUCCCCAGUAUUAUGAUUUAGAUGUUUACAGUACUGGACGUCUGGAGAAGCACUUGGAUGCUUUGCUGAGAGUGGUGAAAGAUAUUGUAGCUGAACACUCUGACAUGGAUGUCCUCGAGGCUUGCUCCAGGACGUAUUAUGUCUUCUGCAAUGAAGAACUGGCCAUCCACAGGAGGGCGGAUCUUGCCAGAACUCAGCUGAUAGACGAGUUGGUGGACAAACUUAAUGAGCUGCUGGCUGACUCUUGGCACGAGGGAGAAGGUCUUUGCACAGAUGAAGAAGGAAUUUGCCGAAUAUAUACCACUUUGAGAAGAAUAACAGCUUUUCAUAAUGCUCACAAUCUCACCAAAUGGAAUCUCUAUGGGAAGACUUCAAAGCUGCUGGUUUUUGAGAUGGAGUAUGGGAGUUUACCUGUUCAGAUGAUCCUACCAGCUCUACAGUGCACAUACUUUGCUCUCUUAUGGCAGCUAGCUUCAGCUGUGGAGAGGUCAUCUUCCAAGGAGACUCUUUUGGCAUUGAACAGAGAGUUGAGAUUUUUCUGCCAGAUUUGUGCAUGCUACCUCAGCCAUAAAGAUAAAGAUUUAAGUGAAAAGGCCUUCAUGAUACUCUGUGAUUUACUGAUGAUUUUGAGUCACCAAUCUUCAGGUGACGAUGAAGCUGUAGGAGUCCUUCAGUAUCUUCCCAGCACAUCCCUUCAGUCAAAAAUGCUCUUGUUUAUCCAGGAUCAUGUUUUCACGGAGGAGAAAGAAGAAAUCAAAGACUUGACAGAAGAGGAGGAGAGGGAAAAGGAGGGCUACAAAUUGAAUGAUUUACACAGGAGGCGGAGUCUUCUUGCAGUCUAUUGCAAGCUAAUUGUGUUUACCGUGGUGGAGAUGUCUGCGGCUGCUGAGAUCUAUAAGCACUAUAUGAAGACCUACAAUGAUUUUGGAGAUAUAAUUAAGGAAACCCUGAGCAGGACGAGGCAUAACAACAAAAUCCAGAGUGCCAAGACGUUGAUUCUCUGCCUGCAGCAGUUGUUUCAGAAACAUACAGAAACCCAUGGUAGUACCCACAGCAUGGAUUCGUCUUUCACAAACAUUAAAGAACUUGCUCGUCGCUUUUCACUGACAUUUGGCUGGGAUCAGGUGAAAUCCAGAGAAUCAGUAGCCAUGAUACACAAAGAAGGGAUUGAAUUUGCCUUUCAAGGAGCUGCUGGAGUGGAAGGGAAAUGCCUGCCUCCAAAUUUAAGCUUUCUGUUAAUCAUCAGUGAAUUCUCCAAUAAGCUACUAAAGCCUGACAAAAAAUUAGUGUAUGGUUACCUGCAGAGGUAUAUAACAGAGCCAGCAUCUUGCAGAGGAGAUGAAUGGCACCCCUUGGUUUGGUACAGGAACUCUUUGCUGGCAAAUGAAGAUGAGGAGAAUUCUGUUAUCAGCAGUUUAAGAGAAUUGUCACCCACAAGCAGAUCUAAGACAUCUUCUUUUAAAAGAAAAUUGUCUAAUGGGUCCCUGCCUGAAACCAGCCACACUGAGACAACAAACAAGACUCCAGACUUCCUGUGCACUCCAGAACUCACUGCUGCAGCAGGGAAAAGCAGAAAGAGGUUGAAGUCUCAAGAUACAAGUCUCCAAGAAUGUCUGCCAUUCUUUUGUCCAAUGGCACUGAGCAGAAGACGUCGCGAAGAUGUGAUCAAGGCAGAAGACUUCUCAGCAGAUGGUGGAGCAGAAGAUGUAGGCGAAGAUGUGGAUGUUGUUGGCGCAGACCAGGUAUGUGAUGGGUUGUAUCAAUCCUGCACACGGCCAAGAGGUGCUGACCAGUCACUGGAGACCUCACCUCCUUGCCUCUGUUAUACAGGCUCCAGGUGGAGGGGACAGAUAAAAGGAGGCAGCGCAGGUCAGUUGGGGCUGGCGGAAGAGGAGGAAGGAUGUGUGCUGCAGGCUGCUGCAGAGGAACUGUUGACUCACCCGGCUGUUGGGACCGUGGACCCGCCCUAUGCUGCGGACAACUAGGCGGCCACAGAGACUGACAGGGACGCCGAGCCGCUGCCAGCUGAGGACAUGCCUGAGGGGGACUUUAUGGUAGGAAGUGACCCAGGGAAUGUGUUAGGAGCCAUGGCUUGAAUCCUUAAUAGGGAGUUUACCGGCUUCAUAGGGCCCUGGGUUGGAACCCGGUGGAGUAGAGUGGGCCUGGGUUCCCUUACCCCUGCACUUGCCACUAAGAGUGGCUACAAAGGACUACUGAUUUGGACUGAUUGUUCACCCUGUCCUGCCCAGAGGGUCAGAGCCUCCGACUGUCCUUAACAGUUGAGUCCUGUUACGCGGGCCAGACCAUCGUCAGUCGCUGCCCAGGAAGAUGUGGGAAGUCAUCUGGGAAGAGCUCAAGUCGAUGCUGGCCGUUGGAGGCCAUGACAGAAUCUUGCAGUGAGUGGAGGAGCCCCAUUGUUCUCGUUCCAAAACCUGAUGGAUCCAUGAGGUUCUGGAUAGACUUCCAGAAAGUCAGUACAAUCUCACAAUUCAACACCUACUCUCUGCCCUGGGUGGAUGAACUGCUCGAGUGACUAGGGAAUGCCAAGUUUAUAUCUAUACUGGAUCUAACAAAGGGGUAUUGGCAAAUUUCCCUGACCCCGACCUCCCAGGAGAAGACAGCCUUUGCCACGCCAUUCGGCCUUUUCCCAUUUACAGCCAUGUCAUACACGGGGCUGUGUCGACCUUCUAAUGGCUUAUGGAUUAGCUGUUGCAGCCACAUGAUCAAUACACAGCAGCUUAUAUUGACAACAUAGUAGGUAUACAAUGCCAACUGGGAAGAUAAUCUAAGACACCUCACCACAGUACUGCAAGCACUUGGGGUAGCUGGGCUAACUGAAAAACCAUCUAAAUGCCACUAGGACAGAAGGAGGUGAUAUACCUGGGAUACGCAGUGAGGCAUGGGUGGUUGCACCCACUCGUGGAUAAGGUCCAGGCCAUGAAAGACUGCCCAACCCCCUCGACCAAAAGGCAGGUGAGGCAGUUUCUUGAACUGGCCAGUUUCUAUAGACGCUUUGUGCUCCAGUUUGACACCCUAACAGCGCCCCUUAGGGAUCUGACAAAGAACUCCCAGCUAAGAGGGCAUAAUGGUCCAGGGACUGUGAACAUGCUUUCCAGACUCUGAAGGACUGAUUGAGUCAAGAACCAGCCCUAUUCCACUCAGACUUUUCGAACUGGUUUAUACUCCAGACCGACACCUUAGAGGUGGGCCUCGGAACGGUGCUAUCCCAGGAGCAGGAUGGGGAAGAACACCCACUAUUCUACCAAAGAAGGAAAUUAUUUCCCUGUGAAACGAGAUAUUCAACAAUAGAAGAAGAGGCACUGGCAGUGAAAUGGGCUGUUGAAGUCUUACAUUAUCAUCUGCUGGGGAACCCAUUCCAACGCAUGACAGAUCAUGCAUCCUUUCGAUGGACCCACUCCUUGAAGGACACUAAUGCCAGGAUUAGAAUUAGAAAUGGUACCUCUGUCUCCAGCCCUACAAGUUCGAGGGACUUCACCGCCUGGGGAGAGCCCAUGCAAAUGCUGAUUUCUUUUCCCAAGUGGGCAGAGAGGAAGAUGAGGGAGGACAGCCAUCAGGUCCUGACUUGAGGGGGAGGAUGUAUG